AUGCUGCAGCAAUUUACCCCCAGUCUCACAUCGCUCAGAAACUACCACCUCAAAGGGAGCAGAGAUCUCCCCAGAAUCAAGGUAUGAAGGGAGGUUUUGUGGUUUUAAUCAAAGUUAAUGGCUGGGGAAAGCAUGCGUGGGGCAUCCAUACAGUCAUUUCAUACGUGUGUUGCCCCCGUGGAGAGGGGCAUGUGGAGGUCUUCUUGUGCCUGCUGCACGGGCCCGGGCCCUUUGUGUAAAGCAGAGUAUCACAUUCCAGCUCUGCAAGGGCCUGCAGCAGAUGUCAGCACUUCACUUUGUGGAAUCCCUUUCUCUCCUUUGCACACACUCACACACACACGCACACUCGUUCACCCCUCGAGGUUUUGUCUGUAAAAUCUGGCUAUUUUGUCUCGUUGUCCACGUUUGAUUGCUGCUUCCACGGUGGUCUCGUGAAGGGCGGCAGCUUUGAUACGGAGAAAUAUAAUAAACAGAGGAAAUUAGAAACAAGACGGACCUUUCGGGUCAUGGCGAGACUUGCCAGCCAGGAGGGCCAAGAGAUGGAAAUGUAUACAAUAGAGGACUCACAGUCACAGGCUCUCAGCUAAAUCCCAUUAGACGUGCUUUCCUUUUCAGGACACAUACUGUCAAACAAGAACACGCCCUCUCACAGUCAGUCCGCGUUACACAUCGCAUCUGUCACGGCCUGCGUAAACACAGGUUUUGUUGCAGGUGAAAUUAAGUAAAACACAAGGGGACGGACAUGUUUGCUGAAUCCGGAUCGCACUUCAUUAUCGCACCUCGAAGAAAGAGGUUUAAAGAUGACUUCAUUUAUAUGGUAAAACCUCCUGCAGCAGCAGCAGCAGCAGCAGGAGGAGGUGAUUCUUUUUUCUGUGUGGUCCUGUGAGGAUUCAUCCGUGGUUUCCAGUAAAAGUAUGCGAGCGGAGGAAUUUAGAGAGAAAAUGACUCACAUUUCUCAGAAUUUAAAACAAAUUAGAGUCUUGUUCAUUCAUUGUUCGGCCUGUAAACACAGACAUAAGGCUGCAGUGUGUUUGCUCUGGGGCUGCUGUGUCCUCCAGUAUCAGGACACACUCUUAUGUACUGAAGUUGUUUUAGUAUUAAACUCUUAUCUUAAGUUUGAGAUAUAAAAGUUGUGCUAUCAGUGUGAUUAAUUGCCCCUGGCUGCACUUGGCUUUGAAACCGGAGCCCCCUGGUGGUGCCCCUCAGGACUACACUCAGGUAAAACUUUGAACACUUGUUGAUGCCGCAGCAAGUUCUGUGGAAAAAAAGGGGAAAACACGAGCGAUGUGAUGCUACUUUUGUGUUGUUUAGUGCGUUCAGGGUUAAACUGGAUCGUGUUAUCUUCAAAUGGACUCCCUGAUCCAUAUAUUAUCUCCACUCUGGUGCUGCAGGGAAGGAACUCUUAUUUUUAUUCAUGAUUGUCCUCCAAGAAAACAUGAAUUAUUACAGAGUAGAAAAUACUCUUUUGUUUUUAGAGACUGGUUUAUAGUCGAGGUUUAUUGUAAGUUAACUUAAAACAUGACAACCUCCUGCUUUUCAUAGAGGACUGGACAAACAGGACUGCAUAUUUUAUGAGUGUGUUUCCUUGGACUAACAAUGAUUAAAAUUCUCCUCAGUGGUUCAGUCUCAAAGAAGCAGUACCAGGUUGUUGUUUCCUGUAACUAUGGCAACCUUGGCAUUACAAUGUGAUCAAAAUUAGCUCGGUUUAAAGUUAUUUCAAGGACUCAAAAAGUUGAUUUAACUUUUUUUUGCAGCGCCUCAUCUCUAACAAACACCAUCGAUAAUGAAGAGGUAAAAGCUACUUCAGGGCGCCCAGCUCUACAGGCAGCCCUGGUUCAGUUCUGGCCCGAGGCUUCUUCCCACAUGCCCCCAGCUCUUUGAGCUCGUUUCCAACUCUGUCCAAAAUGAAAUCUUCUCAAGUGUGAUAUUUUGUUUUGCAUUUUGUGAAGACUGGUUUGAACUAUUGGCUUCACUGGUCCAUGAUUUUCAGAGGCACUGCAGCAUUUGGUUUGUGUCUGCAAGCUCAUAUGAAACAUGCAGAAAUCAGGAUGAACAAAUGGAGUAAUUGAUACUUACAAAUCAAGUAUUAAUCAUCACACUGGUUUAAUAACGUCUCUGUAUUUUUACCAAGCAGGCCCAUUACAUAGUUAAGCUGGUUGAGUUGGAGCUAGUGAGUAAUAAAUGUGUCUGAUAAUAUAUUCUGCUUUAUAUAUAACAUUCUAUCAGAGUAUAGGGCUGGGCAAUAAACCGAAAAUUUACCGAUACCGAAAUUUAUGUCAAUAACCAAUGUCAUUUUGCCCAUGUCAAUAUAUUCCACGUCAAAAAAAUAAAUAACUAAAAGUUGGUUUUGGAUGUGUGUAGGUAGGCUAUGGUCUCAUGUCCCUUUAAGACGCUGUCCUACGUCAGAGACGUGACUCCACCCCAUCCAGUCUGUAACAAAGAGGGAAAGACAGGUGAGGAGAUGGAGGACGGUUCAAAAGUUGUAGCGGCUGAAGUAGAAGAAGUUAAUGUGGGAGGGGGUGAGCAGCUUGUGGAGUAGUUAUCGUCCAUUUAUCGUUAUUGAGGUGAACUGCUCAAUAUAUCUUGAUAUUGAUUUGAGGCCAUAUCACCCAGCCCUAUCACAGUAUAUUCUUAAUAUUCUAUAUUUCAUGUUAUGGACUCAGUGAAAUAUCUGUAACUCUAAAAUAUGAGUGAUGAGUGUCCACAUUUAUGCUGUUUGCAGUUGCGUGUGAUACAGGAGUGAAACUAUACAUGCAUAUGUGCCACACGUGCUUCAUGUUAGACCUCAGCUGCAGAAGAGACAGUGCAUGCAGACUGACAUCAGUAUUAUUAGCUGCACCUGUAUGCUGAGAGCUUUUAGCUCAGACUCGAGAAACAUGGGUGAGAUUUUAAUUAUACACGACUUGUCAACAGAGCUGUGAAUGUGAAACUUACAAGUGCAGCUGCGUUACAGCUCUACAUCAUGGUAGCAGCUGGAAGCAGGAAAACACUGAAGUGGUUUAACAAUGGUGUGCCAAGAUGGACAAAAUAGUAACUUUAUCAUGUCAAAAUUGGUGAGUGUACACUUAGAGCCAAAGCUGUAAAAAACGAUGUUUCCUUACAAGUCAUGGAGAGAAAAUUUGAAGUGUCAUGAGGAAAUAAAUCCACAAAUCUUUCUAUUAGUGACUUGUGCACUCAUACACAGGAACAGCAGCUUGAAUUUUUCUACCGUUUUCUUUGAUUGAUUAAGUCAAGAUUAUUCUGACGAGCCUGUUCAGUCAUAUAACAGAUGUAACAUAUUGAAUAUUACCCUCUGCAGGACAGAGGUUUAAAAAAGAGCAGCUCUUGUAAAGCAGGUGGAAUUGAAACUGAAGCACUUGUACACUUGGUCCCGGUGGGCUUUGACAGACUCACUUCAGCAUGCUGCUGUUGUGUUCUGUCCAAUAAUUACACCGGGACACUGAUACUCUUGUCUGACGCAUUGAUCUAUUACAUUUGUCUGCAGACGGCGUUUCAGGGUCGAACCUGAACUGAAUUCAGUUUGAAUUUACCUGGUACUUGUGUGAAGCUAUCUGACUCUAUUUCCUUUUGCUCUUGAGAGAGGCAGGAGUGGAUCUGCAGAGUGAAAGCUCAAGCGAGGACGAGAACAAGAUACUUUGAUUGUGCCAUUUAAAUGAGAUGAAAUGCUGAAAAAAGAGUCUUUAAAGAGGUCGAUUUUUAAGAGAAACCAUGAGUGAGACAAGUGUUGCUGCUAAACUUCAGAAAAAUCUGCGUUUUAUAAAUCUAGCAUCAUGAGGCUUUCCCUCUUUCACCAGAAGAUAAAGGAGUCCAGAAAUUCUGGAGGAGCGCUUCAGUUGAACACCGUCCUGAUUUAAAGUCUCUCGGCUUGUGUUGCACGUAUUAAACAUCUGCUGACAGCGAGGACUCAGUUUGCAUUAUAACGUUCCCCUUAUUUAAUGAUCCAGGAGUCAAAUCUACAGCGCUGCCAAACUUCAUCAAGCCCAGCCCUGUGUGGUGAUGAAAAGCAUGAGGUUGAACAUCUGCAAGGGAGCUGAAACUCUUGUCUUUUAACCUCUGUAAUCCACAAAGUAUGAAUGCUGAGCGGGUGCAGAUUGGAAAGACCGGUCUGAGUCACAUUUGUUGGAAGAUGUCGGGAAUGUGUCUCACAAAUCAAGCCACCCACAGUACUUUUACAGUAUCGUCACGGUCAUACUGAAGCCAGAAGAUGGAUCACACAUGACUUCUGGCACCUUUAUCCUCGUAUACUUCUGUCCAACCGUUUUCUAGUAGCAAAUUGUACUGUAUACGGUGGAUCAACUUAAAUAUCAAACUAACGUUAGCCUGUUUACUUUUUUAUAGACAAACGACCUGAGCCCGUGUACUUUUUUAUAGACAAACAACCUGAAAUAGCCCUGUGAGAAAUUCAUAAUAAAGUACAUAAAAAGUUCAUAUAAUUUAAAAAUUCACAGAGAAGUUCAGACAUUUCAUCCAAAAAGAACUCUGAUUAGUGCCCUCAUUUAAAUCAUGCCUUUCUUUUGCUGCGUUUGAGUUACCUUAGAAGUCAGAAGUCCGAGCUUAAAAUGACGUCACACCCGAGUUACCAGUGUUUCAGUUACUGAGUCGGAAAAAAGCAAAAUCUGAGGCGGAAACAAGAUGGCUACAUCUACGAAAGCUAUUUUAGUGCUUGUCUUGUCCGAAUAUAAGACAUAUAAGGCAUUUAUCCUGCCCUUUAAAAGAAUCGAAAAAAGAACCGAAAUCAAAACGAGGAAUCGGAAUCGGAAUCGGAAUCGGAAUUGGAAUCGUUCAAAUUUGAACAAUGCCCAACCCUAAUGCUGACUCAAAACCAGAAUGGUGACCUCUGCUGAUUGGCUUCAAAACUCUGCUUUAGAAACAAACCGGUGACGCCACUCAUGCUAUGUCCAGUAAUUUUACAGUCUAUGGUUCGAGACUUAACAAGAUUUCAGCAAUUCCUUUUUAAAGAGUCAACUUUGAAUGAAUAUUGAACACGACGUUGCAAAUAUGACAUAUACAAUUUGUUUGUAUUUUUCUUAUCAGUGAAAAAAUUGUCUUUUUCUGAGCCUUUGGUUAAACACUUGCUCAUGUGCUGCUUGUCUACGGUGCCUCCUCCACUGAGGCUUCACAUGGAUGGCAAACCCUCGGGUAAGACACAAAUUUGUCGAUGUGGAAGAGUAAGACAGCUAGCUUGCUGUAAGCCUUACAGUACAGUCUUGCCCAUCUAUGGUGCAGAUCCCCAUCUACUUCCACGCUACACUUCUCAGAUGUCUUGACUACUAAUUGCAGAUUUGCAAGUCCCAGCUUUGUCGAAUAACAAAACUGGAUUUGAUCACCAAGGCUAAGAGUGCAUGGAUUAGCCAGAUUACCAAGAGAGCGCCCUCUGCUGGUUCAUAUGGCGAGCAAUUUCAGGCCACUUGAUGCAUUUGAAAAGCUCAUUACAGUUUGCAUCUGAUCUUUUUCUCCAGAGUUUGAAUGGAGGUUGGACAUUCAGAUUAAAAGUGACAGCUCUAUGAUAUGCUGUCUUCACCACAUCGUUGCACACCACACACUGCAGUCAUCACGGGUGUUCAUGUGAGGGGUCUCUGACAUAAUCAAAACCGGUUAAGACUUAAAGAUCAUUUCGUGUGUCAGCCUUCAGAUAGCGUGCAGGAGUUGACUUAGUAGUCCGCUGUGCACCUCUUGAAAAGAAAUCCAUCUACAUUAGACAAUUAGAAAUAAACUAUUAAUUCAUGUUUGCUAACGAGUAAAUCCUUUUUGUUUCAUUUCUCUUUAUACUCCAUGUAACAAUCCAUCAAAAUGACUUUAUAACCACCAUCAGUCCACUGUGUGCACAUACAGUAAAUACCAUUCAAAUCACAUCAGUCCUGCCUCGUUGUUCCUGUUCUUCAUCUGUCACGAUUCUCAUUUGCUCCGACAGCUCAUUCACUGUGUGUUUCUCCCUCUUCCAAGCGAUUUAUCUUGUCACUGAUCUAAACAUGCGUCUAUGCAGCUUCUCUGGCUUCACUUACAGAAUUACCGAUCGCCAGGAAAAUUGAAAACAAACCUGUUACCGAGCAGCACGAGGCGAAAACAGGAGUUUGUGCGAGCUUCGAAGGGGUCAAAAGCUUUUUGUUUAGAUCCACAGAAGCAGCAGAAACGUGAUUGGCUCAAUUCAGCCCGACAGAUUUCUGGAAGUCACACGGUUGUCCAUCACUCACUUGGUCUGUUGCCAGCCAGUGAACAUUUUUGUACGCAAUACAAAGGAAUGGUUGUGCCAGAUUGCCAGGGUCCUGAUUGCAACAGCAGACCCAUGCCCUGUGACAUAAAUCAUUAAUCUCUAUACUGUACAUAUGGUGCUGAUUAAUUUGUGUAUGCAAAUGGAACAGCCUGUCAGUCAGAAUUAUACCUCAGGGAUCGAUGUGGAAGAGGCCACCCAGGUUGUUUGACAUAAAGUGAUGAAUGAGAUAUGGAUCAAAACUGUGGGAAAAGUCCGAUUGGUUGUGUUCUGCAAUGAGUUUUUAUUUUCACUGUAAGAGCUGAAGGAGGGAGCUCUCUGUUCGGCCUUUUAAUAUGUUACUCUAGACUCUGGAAGUGACUGACGGCUGAAACAAAGAGUUCGGAUAAGUCUUUUCCUCGCUUAAAAACUGUGAUAAAUAAUUUGAUUUCUCUCCUUUAUGAUUUGAUUCUCUUAGAUUUCACUAUACAGAGUUACAACAAAAGCUCCAACCUGAAGAUGAAACUCCUGUAUGUAACAGAGGAGACAAUGUAAUCCAGUGAAAUGAGAUUUUAACGAUUUCAUCUUCACACUGUUUGGCUGCUCUCAAGAGGAAACUCCAUCGCACCUGAGUCACACUCUAAUUUACAGUUUGGAAAAGUUUAACUCCGACGCCUCCAGUUCCUGCAGAUGUUGCUCAUGAGAAUGUGGACUUUGUGUCUCCAAAAGGAUGACACUUGUUUUUGUGUUUCGUGUGCAACAUUACUUUCUGUUUUCCUAUCAUGUGGAAUUUGACUGUAAUUUAUUAGGUAUAGCAGAUGGAGGAGAGGCAGGAUUCUGCUCGAGUUAGAUUCAACUCUGUGAUAUAAAUACCUCUGUAAUGAGUUAUUGAACCACUGAUGUCUCAUAUACCCACAAGGGUUAAGUACUUUGUGUACAUGUACAAUACAAUCAACUAUUCAUAUAAUAUUAAGUAAUUUAAGUCAAGUUGUGCUUGAUAUCAGAUGGCUUACAUUCAUUUUAUAUGGUGUGAUAUACAGAAGGUUCAUUAUAUCUAUUAAAGACGGAUUUUUUAACUGGUUGAGAAACUGACACUGAAACUGCUGCCUCUUUAUGACCUUCAAAAGCAAACAAAACCAUCAGCAGCAAGACAGAUCAUUUCUUUGUUGAUCAUUUCAGUGCCUGACUCUGACUCUGACUCUGACUCUGAGGGGGGAGGUUUCAGACCAGAUGAUUGACAACAGGCUGAAGAAACACACUUUAAGACAAAUCCAUGGCAAAUACUCACUGUGUGACACAUUUCAGUAUGAAAACACAAGGCUGAGGGUUUUUGUCUCAUAUACUACUUUCAUAUAUACAGGACAAGAGAUAAGAAGAGUUACUUUGGCCACAGGGGGCGCCAGAACCAAAACAAACCAAUAGUUCCUUACAGGAGCUUUAAUAACUGUCAAUAAUACCGCAAACAACUUUGGUGAUUUUGUGACUCAGAUUAUCAUAUCAUAGCUACUCAAAUCAGACAUCAUUUCUCUAAAACUUUCAAACAGUCUGACUGCAGUUUCCCUCCAAAUUGACAACUUCUUAUUCUAUUUAAUCUUAUGUAACUUUUUGGAGUCAUCUGUUAGUUUGAGGAUCUCUGGUUUUAAAGUCUCAAAUUCUGCAUUUUAGCUAGGGAUGUCACAAUCCGAUAUUGAUAUCGAAUUUCAGUCUGAUAUCAGCAAAAAAAAAAAUGAAUAUUGGAUUAUAUCAGCCUGCAUCUAAAAUCUCUGAUAUCAGCACUCCAAUACAAGCAGUCCAUUCCAGACUCCGCUUCAGCACCUCCAUCUAGCAAUGACCAGAUUCAGAAUGCAGAGCCAACAUGAUCACAACAGCAGUGUGUGUACUGCAGUACAAAGUAGCAAGAAGUAGGAGUGAUGUGAUUGGAGUAUUUUUUUUUUCUUGUUGAAGUCAGUAAAAGACGUUGCAGCUGUCAUGCACAAGUUUGUGCCAAUAUCAGAUAAAUAUCUGUAUCGGCCAAGACUGAAGGCUACAAUAUCGGCAUUGUAUCGGAAGUAAAAAAAAUUGUAUCGUGACACCCCUAAUUUUGGCCGUCACAAGUUGCCUUGCAAGUUGAAGACACUUAAGCGUCCUCCCUACUUACAGAACCACUUCUUACUCAGUCUACUGACAUAACUGACUGCCAUAGACUGUUUAAAGUUUAUCUGUUUUACAUCUAGAUUGGCAUUUUGGUCGUCCUCUUCCUCUUUUCUAGACUCUUAAAAAUAAAAAUGUUAAGAUCUGGAUGAAAAUAUUACCAAAAUUCAAUUGUUGUUAUGGUAAUGACCAGUCCAACACAAGAUAAUUAGACACACUCCAUACCCUGAUUUAUUGUGUAUCUAAUAGGACCAGAACUUACUUUAUCUUUUGCUAAAGUUUUAAAACUGUUGUAUUUAAGUCCAUUAACUCAAUAGCAAUUAAUCAAGUGGGAAGAAAGGUCAUCUUCUCAUGGACUUCAAUACAAUCCAGUAUGUUUUUGCAGCAAAUAUAACCACCCACCUCUGGGGAUUUAAACAAAUGCAAGUCUCCAACACUCCUACAUUUGUUUUCUUUUUCAUUCCGACAGACUAUACUUCCCCUCCUACACACAGUCUGUACUGACCUCCAGCAGCUCUGCGCAAACUACUUUACAUUUAAGAGGAACAUCAAUAAUGUGUAGUGUAAAAGUCGUAUACCUGCCGCAGAAGAUGCCUUUAACUCAGCAACUAAAUAUAAAAUCAAUGAUGUGGACAUAUAAAGUGAUAACAUUUGAUGAGCCCGUAACUCGCUGGUGCUCUGCCAAACGUUUCCACUCCUUCAAUUCAUUCAGAAACUCACAAGCUUAAACAUGAUGUAAACAAACAAGCCUCGGAGCAUCUGCAAAAUGACAAACUCAAUCCGGUCUGUUGUUUCUGUCAUCGUUUUUGUGCUGUAACAGCUAAAUCAGCUGAAUCUGAGCUUCUCACCUUGAAAACAGCAGUCUCAGGCCUGCAAGCUGCUCUGUAGCUUACACUCACAGGACACUGUUGUCAUCAUGUUUGGUUCAGUUUUCUGCCUCCUAUGUGUUUUUUUUUUCUUUUUCUGAGCACUUAAGAGACUUUAAUCUCCUUAUGUUGGAGAGGAUUAAGCGAUAUGAGUGAUAUGGACCUUUGGGGAGAUUAUUUACUCCGAUGUUAUUAUUUUCAAUGCUCUACAGGGUUGUUUGGAUAAGUGUCCCCAAAUCUUUUUCCACAACAAUGACUUCUCAUACAAACCAUACUAGUCCACUGACCCCUUUCUGAUAUGAUCCUGAUAAUCUGGUGCCAGGGUCCUGCAUCCAGUGGGAUUUUUGGAAUUAGAUUCGGGAUUUAACUUAAACCUACAGAGACAAACAUUCAGCCUGAAUUUAUUCUGACUGCUUUUUUCCUUCUAUUGUGGAUAUUUAAUUUUAAGAAUUAUGUGCAAUUUGUUUGAACUUUGUGUAAAUGUUGAUAAAAAGAAACUUCAACAAUUUGCAAAUCAUUUAAAUCCUGUAAUUAGUUGAGAAUAGUGCAAUAACACUUCCAAAUGUUGCUGCAUCCACAAAUGCAGAUUAAAAACUGAACCAUGUAAAGAGGAAAACAUGUAUAAAUAAACAUGAUCCAGAAAUGGUGGUUACUUCUCUGGGCUUGAGUUAAUCUAAGAAGGCCUGAGGUGAAGUGAAAGACUAUCCGAUCCUUGUCUGACAUAUUAAAUGGAUGCUUUGUCCUCCUUCUCUAAACAGAAGAGGGACCAUCUGGUUUGUUGACUGCGCACAGUACAAAAACCAGCAUCUGUGACAGUAUGAGGAUGUACAGUAUAGGUGCCCUUGGCAUAGAUAGCUUGCAUAUCAGGGAAGACUCCAUCAAUUCUGAACAUUCUUAUAUAAAGGUUUGGAGCAACUGUGCAUUUUUUCAGGAAGACCUAAUUCAUUCAGGGGGACAUUACUGAACCACUUUCUGCAGUUAUCACAACUCAACUCAACUUUACUCAACUUUAUUUAUAGAGCACUUUGAAUACAACCGGAGCUGACACAAAGUGCUGUACACAAUAACAUAGAAACAUAAAACAACAACAAAUAGUUGUUUUAAAAUAUAAUAAAAAUAUGCACACUAAUUUCAAUAUGCAUUUCUAUUUUUUCAUUUCAAUUUGAUUUCUUUAGGGGGGGCAGGGAGGAGUUUCACUGCUACUAGCAUGCCAUCUGGGCAGAGCCAACCCAAGGCAUAAGCGAAACUAAGCGACUGCUUCGGGCCCCGCGACCAAUAGGGGGCCCCCAAGAGCAAUUUAUAAAAAUAUUAUUAUUAUUAUUAUGUUUGCAUAAAUGAGCGAUGCUUUCUGUAUGAUCAAAUUACUGUAAAAAUAAAUAAAAAUAAAGUAAAAACAUUUUAGUCCUGCUGCUGAUGCAGGCCUAUGAUUCUUACUGCCAAUAUGUCAGACCUUCGCUACCGUUAUGUCCCUCCUGCUGUGCAAUAUGCAGUGAGCAUCCAAAGCGCAGGUAGUUGUGGGGCAAAACAAUGUCGCAAAAAAAGGAUAUAUCCUUUAGGAGCAGAGAAAAGAAAGAGGAAGAAGAGAAAAAACGCCAAGAUAAAGGUAUGUUUGCAUGUCAUGGAAUGUUAAUCAAAGGCUAUGUUCACACUGCAGGCCAUUCCGAGUUUUUAACCAUAUGUGACACAUAUCUGAUUUUUUCAAGUGUGAACAGUGCAAUUCGGAUUUUUUCAAAUCCGACCCAGGCCUCUUUUGUACGGGGAUAUAAAUCGGAAAUGUAUCUGAUGUGACUGCAGUGUGGAUGCUCAGGUCGCGUUCAUCCGACCUACACGUCAUCAAUAUGCGACACACGUCACCAUUGUUCGACAGCACAAACAGGCGCGGAAAGCAAUUUGUGCUUUGUGCACAUGCGGGUCACUUCACGGACGCAUUCCGUUCACAUUAGAUGCCGCAUUCGUUGUUGUAAUGUGAACGACCGCACAAAAAGAUCGGAUUUAACAAAAAAUCCGAAUUUUGCAUCAUGACCUGCAGUGUGAACGUAGCCAAAGAGAUCUGUGGAGGUGUGUGAAUGAUCAACAACCAAUAUUAUUGGUAGAAAUAUUCAACCCCAAAAUCAAAUUUUGCUUAAGGCCCCAUUGAGGCUCUGCCUUCAGGCCACACACUGACAUACACAUAAACUCUACUAGACUCUACUAUAGAAAUGACAGAAGGAAAGAUUUGGUAAAAAAGAGUAAAAUGAAUCAAUAAUUUCAGAUACAUGUACCCAAAUGUGAAAAAUUACGGAAUGAGCCUUUAUCUCAUUUCAGGUUUUGACUCUGUGUCUUUAAUUAUGAUCAGAUUUCUUCGUCUGGUCUUGAAUCACACACAAUAAUAAAGACCAAUGGAAGCAAUCAGCCUGAACUCUAUUGCAUCCAUCGCUCUGUGGUUUAUGGUCUAUACAGCUCUUACUGCUCACGUCCAUCUGCCGCUAAAUACCACGCAGACACUGCCAUAAAUAAUGAGACGUUUGCGCCCAUCACGUGAAUGAGAGCAUUUCUCCUUCCUUGGCAUCACGUCACGGUGGAGGAGCGUUUAGCAGCGGCUGUGUAGUCUGUGGAGUCUGUGGAGGCGGGGAGCGGCUGUCCGCGGUGGUGCUGAUGAUGGGAGGACUGAUGAUGCUCUCCGGCUCCGUGCAGCCGCUACUGCGCAUGUUGCAUGACAGGUACACGCAAGCCUCCAUCUUGGGCUUCCCGAGCUGAGGCGAAAGGGCAGCAGCAGCCAUAUACACACUAAUUCAAAAAAAUAACAACAAACGGGGCGCGGCGCGAGAGAGAGAGGGAGUAAAAAAAAAGAAAAUUGGCACAUUGCCGAGAUGUAACUUUUUCUUGAACCCCGGUCAGGAAAUUUCUUCAGCGGCGAAAAGAGCGCGAGAGCAGCAUGGAAAGGAAAGACAGCGGCUGGUCUGGAAGGCUCCGUUAACGACACUUGCACAGUCAGCUCUACUACAUCUACUUUUCUGAGGAAUUGACAGGUGACAGAGCCGAAAGGUGAGUGCAACAACGUGGCGUAUUUUUUGAUAAACGACCCCUUUUGUUAUUUAUGCUCGACGCGUGCGCUCGUGUGUUGUUAAAUGGCACGCUCGCGCUCAUAUGUUCUGGCGUCUUCUCCCUGCAUCCCCCCCUCUUCCCCUUCCCCUUCCCCCCCGUCAUGGUGGUCGCUGCUCGCUGUGUUGUUCCCACUCCCAGACCCACUGCUGCUGCUGCUGCUGCUCUCCCCUGGCUUUAAGUGUCAGCCUCUGUUACUUACUUUGCUCUUGUUACAAACAGACAGAGCAGCCACAGGUUGGGAGAGCCUCGGUAGUCAGCUUAUAUAUGGUUGUUGGCAGUGUUUUCUUAUGGAUAUAUGUUGAUGGGAACAGCACCGGGCAGGCCUGUCCUUGUAGAUUUAAGCAUCUCUUAAGGACAAAAGAUGGUCCUCUGUAAGUGUGUGCGUGUAUUGUGGAUAUUUAAUGUUCUUUGCGCUCUAAUGCAUGGCACUGUAACUUUUAAUACCUCAUAAAUAGAACAGUUUCUCAUUAUAGCUGCCAUCCUUGUACUCCUUCUAUAAUUUCAAAUCAUAUAACAGCAUGUUUGUGGUGCAGAAGCUAUAAAUGUACAGCCCGAGGAAGCCAUGUGUGCACAGCAGAAUUGCUUAUUGACCUUCCACCCCUGGAGCACACCAUGCAAGGCUGCUUGAGUCACUGUCAGCGAUUGCAUGACAAAGCCGCUGCAGUUUCCACAUCGCCAGUAGUAAAACACAGGCGAGGGGUAAUGUUCUUUUGUGGUGGCGAAGAGUUGAGUCAGGAGGAAGCAAGGUCAAGUGAGAUUAGUGUGCAGAGAAUUUAUUUUUUAUUUUUUAUUUUGGUCUCUGCUGAACUCAUAUUUCCCGGCAAAGGCUUCAGUUUUGACAGGCUGUGCGCGCAUCCUAUAUAGAAUGUGAAGAUUGUGAGUUCGCAAUAAAAUGCGAACCGGUGUGAGUUUGAACGCGACAGAAACGAGAUUUUACAAUGCGCUUGAAUCUCCCGAGACACCCACAGUUUUUAUAGCAUAAACACAGACUGGUGUAGUUUGGUUGCUUAAGCAUGGCAUUUAAAAGACGUCAAAAACAUUAAAGGGAUAUUCAGUUAGUUAUACCAACUUAAGUAACGGCCGCAAAUAGCAAUACAGAGAGCCACGCGCUCAACCAAAAAGCCACUCUAUUGCCACAAAUAAUGCUCAAAUAAUGCUCAGAACAGCGCCUAACUUCAUGAACGGUACAUAUAGGAUCCCAGCCAUAGUACUAGCCACCAAACAUCUAAACACAACUCACCCCGUCUCUUCCAGCAGCCGCUUGUUUGUUGCGAGACUUCAGAGUAGUUCAUCGACUGCAGCGGGGUUUCGCAGCUCAAGGAAGAACAUUUAUGAUUAUUACUUCAUGGAAAUACAAUCAGACAGAGACGCUAAGGCAGAAAAACUACCGCGUCUGCAGAGCAAAAUGAUUAAUAUGAUGAUUAUGACUUCAAGGAAAUGAUAAAGGAAUGACCAUAAAUCAUAAAGUGGCUUUUGCCUUCAUUACUAAAGUUGGUAUAACUAGAGAAGCAAGCGGUCAGCAACAUUCAUCUCUCAAUGGGGUGUCUAACUCGGUGUCGCGGUGUGUUUGACCCUAACUUAAUUUUAUGCCGGAAUAUCCCUUUAAUUUCCGCAGCCCACAAAGCCAAGCUCAGUUCUCAGUACAUCUACUGAUAAUAACGCCACCCUAUAUCAUCUCACAGCCAGUUACGUCUAGCUGACAAAUGCCAAAACAUGCAUUCUGGGGUCUUCGCUGAUGCUCUCCCUGCCUUAGCUCUUCACGUAUGCACAUGUAAUACAUUGGAGGUGUGCUCUCUCCUCAUUACAGACUUGCAGGAGUCUCUUAAAACAGGGCCAUACCACCAAAUAUAACACAUAUGACUUGAUGAAAGUGGUCCCGACUGAAGACAAAAAUACAGGUAAUCUGUCUUUUUACCAUGGAGUCCAUAAUUCAGCGUUUUGGACUCUACAACGUGCAGCACAACAAAUCCUAUAAGCAUCCUUACAAGAUAGGAAAGACACAUUUUUGUUACACUUUCGUAAAAUGACAAAAACUCUUCUCCUUAACUUUAACCUUCAACUUGCAAAACCCAGCAAAGGAAUGGCAUCUUUUGAACAAAUGUAACCCGAGACAAAGCAUUACACUGAGACAUUUUUUGGCUGUGUUAGGGUUACAAGCCCCAAACACACAGAAAAGAGUGUGACAAUGUGUGUAAUGUGCCUUUACCAGUGGAUGUAUCUAAAGUGGCGAUACACGGAUUUCAAAACCUGUCUUACAGCAUUCACAAACUUAUCAGAUCUCUCCAGUGUCAUGCUUGUUAUGGAUUCACCCUGCGCCUUUUCUUCCGCCUCCUUGUCAGGGAGAGUGAAGUGGACAUCAGUGAUAGAAGUUGUCAUGUAGAAAAACGCCGGAGGGAAGAAGGGAAUCACAGGUCACAUAAGAAAUGAGUUGGUUGCCCGCCAAGUUAAACAUCCCCUCUCACUCCAGCUGCUGCCACAUGAUACGUCUUGGUCAGUGCUGAUGUGGCAUGUUGGGCAUUUUUGUCCUGCACAAUGGAAACGCUGGCACACCUCCCAUUUUGCAGAGAUAUUCGAAAUUGAUUAAACAGAGUUGACGUAGGUGUUUGCACGGGGACUAAAGGUGCUGAGCAGAGCGGUGGCAACGAUUUCCAGUGGGGGAAGAUGAUCAAUGCGCGGGAAAGGAGCAGUCAGGGAGUUACUGGGCCAUGGCGAAGAGACGGAGAGAGGGAGAGUGUCUGGUCUAGACAAUAAACUGCUUCAGUUAAUAUACAGUCUUGCUUCUGGCAGGGCGGGAAGGACGAGACAGUCGGCUUUGCUGUGGGUCUCAAAGCCCCAGAGUUAAAAAAAGGGCACACUUUACUGGAGAUGGAUCACACAGGUACUGUGGCUCCCUCAGCUGAUUAAUGGCCCCUAUCAUAAAAUGGAAAAAUGCACCGCUUUUGUAUGAAGCGCUCAUUUUUGUAAGCAUUGUUGUGCUACUGUCAGGCUAACAGGAGAUUCAUGGGAAACACACAAAUUUGCAUCAUCUUCUGCGUUUUAGUAGUCCCGUUGUAAGAGGAAUUGACUUUUAACACCACAGCCUGCAUGGAUCAAACCUUAUUAUGCAUUUCCCAAAGAUCAUGAUGAACGUCUUGAGGUAUAAAAAGCUGCACAGAGACACAAUUUGAAGUCUUAUUUCUGAGGCCGAGCACAUUAGAAGAUAUAUUUAUAUCAGCCAUCACUUGGAGGUCACAUUCACCUGGCGACCGUUGUUAUCCAGCCGCGCAGAUUGAUUUAUGCAGCCUUGUCAGACUGAUUCAAUCGCGUUAUAUAGGUUUACUCUAUGGGAACAAAUCUUUGGGAACAGAUCAUGUCAGAAACUCAAGGGUGAAACUCACACAGCUUCGAUAAUAAAUUAAGUUUUCCCCCUAAAUAAAGCUUGACUAGCCACUUCCCCUCAUCUCCAAAUGCAAACGAGAGCUGAGAUUUGUUGAAUGUGACAAGAAAACUGUUUGCUUUAUUGGAUUGCGCACCAUUAAGCACCGCUAAUUUAAAUGCUCGAGUCCAUUCUCUUUAUUCAAACUGUUUUUUUUGUCCUCUACAGGCUUGACUCACUCCAGAAUGGGGAUUAAAGCACUCGCCAUCUUUCUCCUCGUCCUCUCUCUAUGUCUGGAAACAUCUGCUAAAGAGAAAGGGACGAAGAAGGGGAAGAAAAAAGGGAAGCAGGUCUACUGCCCGUCGUAAGUAUGGACUAAACAACACCUUAAGGUUGAGAGAGAGCAUCAAAAAUAUACUACUGCUUUUACUUUUUGAGCACAGGUGCAGGAAUGACAGCAUGCCAUCGCUGGAUUUAUUUGACUGAACGGUUUCAAGGUGGCUGUCUGCUUGGAGGGAUUUUCAACCAUUUGAAAUACGUGACUGGUUUUCUCAAAAUAUUACAUUUACUGCAAGAGUUGUUCGAAAGUGCUCCUCCUUACUGAUAUAGUGUGGCACUAUAAAGUUGAAGGACUCACAGGAGACGGAUUUUAGAAAAAAAAGGGAGAAAAAGUUAAAAUCAAUGCAGCAGAGGAUGUGAUAUCCUGGAUUUGAGUCUUCUCUGUCAAGCUGAAAAAAUGUACUCCUCUCUCUACAAUCCAGCCAGUAAUAUAACUCAGUGGAAUCUGCUUACUGGGGACCUUUUCUGAUGUGAUCAUGCAGUUUCAAACCCAAAUGGACGCCAAUGAGAUCAGCAAACUUGUUUGACAGUAUUCCAACCAAAAAAUGCUGAGGCUUGGGCGCCCUCUCAUCGGGGUGCAGCAUCUUGUAAGAAUGGUAGAAAUUUUGCAUCAUCAAGAAGUCAGCCCUGGCAUGAGAAUAACUUAAAACAGAAAAUUUCCCCAUUAUCUAGAUUGCAUAUUAAGUACAUGCGGUUGAACUAGUGGUGGGAGACAAGGACAUUAAUCAAAGUCCAUACAUGCGCAAGGGAACAUGCAAACUCUAGGAUCAAACUGCUGCUGGGCAACAUCCUUAAGUACUGCACCACCAAGAAAAAAAAACCUCAUAAAAUAUUUAAAGGUGCGAACAGUGCAUGGAAAGCAGGUUUCAGAUCUGCACAUUCAGUUUGUUGUCUGCUAGGAGUUUUUUUUUUCAUGGCCACAGAGACAAAAAAAAUGAAACAGGGAGAUAAAAGGAAAGGAGGUAGAAUAGGCAAACAAUGGUCGGCCGAAAGGUGUAGUUUGCAUCCUGUUUACUGUUGGAGUUACCUUUUCUGUCUUUUUGGUUUGGUCUUAUAUUUGACCAAUGGAACUUACUUUUGGGUCUUAUUCUUAAUUUUUUUAUUGGCAGUCUCCUAUCAUCAGCUUCAUCCUGUAAGAGCUAGUCACAUCGGUAGGCGGAUGAAUCGGUGGGCCAGUUUGACGUUAUCGGCAUCAUAUCAGUGUUGGCUCUCACAAAGAUGAUACCACUAUUUUCUCUUUCUUAUUUCAAAUAGCUGUGGCAAAAUUUUACUGAGUCAGAUAUUUUUCCGCCUAUGUCAUCAUGCUCAUUAUAAAGGGUCAAUGUUGUUUGUUUUAUGAUCACUAUGAAAGCAGCAAGCUGAACCACGUUGGUCUGAGAACAGAAAAGUUUUUCUGUUACUACAAGCGUUGCCAAGUGUUUGAAAAAGACAGAAAAACAGCUUUUUAGGGUGUUUGUAAAGCAAAGCUGCUGUGAGGACAAGCAAAACAACCAUCCUUUGAUAUUAUCAAUUUAGUUAUGAAUCUAAAGAAAAGUCAUCCUAAAGCAUCUAUGAUAACAUUUGUGGAAACUCAUUUUCAAGCAAUUCUCAGUGAUAUUAUGUCAAUACUAACCUGGCCUACCAAGUGCCAAACCAAACAUUAUAGCCAGCCCCUUGUGUCUGAAGUCAGUGUUACUUCUCAGAUGUUGCUGUACCUUCAUUACAAAGCUUUGUCUUCUCGCUGAUGCUACUCACAUCUUCACCACAGACCUGAUCUUAUUCAAAGAACUUAUAUUUUGUGCUUUUCAUUACUGACUGGUCCACAUGUGAAAUUUAAAAUUUGUAUAAUUUGUCUUGUUAGACCAUUAAAAUCAGAGUAAUAGGAAAUCCUAAUAUAGAAAAGACUUGGUGUUCUUUAUCAUGGAAAGAAAUGUGUGUUUGAAAAUAUGAACAUAUAAAAUAUCAGCAGAACUUCCUUAAAAUGUGCACUGUAGCAUAUUUGAAAAACUUAUAGCUUAUUGUAGAGACUUUGGCCCCUCAUUUGAUACUUUCUUCUGACUUUCUGCAGCUGUUUCAUAAUAAAUGCCUCUGUUUAAGGAUGUGCAACAUGAACAGUGAACUUUUUCAGGUCAUGCAUACUCUAUAAAAGUCCGUUCUGGUUAAGUCCCGGUCUAAAAACCUGAUGUUUGUCCUUACAUGCCUCUGGACUCCACAUUAUAUCUAUGCAGCGCAGGGGUGCAGCCUCCAAUUCCUUAAAUGGUAACAAAUGUCCUGACAAUGAAACCCCCUGAAAUGAGGGUGAAGCCUUUUGAUGUAGCAAAAGUAUUGGCAAGUGUAAGCUGGAUGACAUGUUUCGUGUGUGGUGCUGUGGAUGCCUUUGUGGAUCAAGAGAACCACUUGGUUCCAGUUUAGCUGUUGUGCUCGAGGUUGUCAAAAGGGUCUGGUAAGAGAGAGGAAAAAAAGAGGUUUAGUGGAUGGGAAUUAUGUGUCUCUCUUUGAUCAGAGGAACCGCAGAACAUACACACAGUGUGCUACAUUCCUGCGGAGCACUUUAACUCAUCCUCUGUGCAUGAUAAGGUUUACAUAAUGAUAUGUAAAGUGCUUUGAGAGGGGGAAAUUCUUUGGCAGGAGAAUUCAUUGCCACCCACAAGGAGGUUUUCGGUUUCUCCUUUCUCUCCUGCCAGAUACCGGCUUCCUCUUUCGCUCUCUCUGUCCCAUUGUUUUUUCAUCAGUCAACCUCAGACAACAAAUGAUGUUUGGCAGGAUGCCUUUGAAAGCCACCACUUUGUGUUAUGGCGGUAAUUUCCAGCAGACAGCUGCUUUUUUGCUAUUCUGCAGGGUGGUUCAAAUGGAAAUGUUCACUUUGGUUUCAUUAAAAAGUAGACACACACACACAGGAAGAAUAGACUGUCUCUCUUGACAAGUUAAAUAUUCCUGCCACCCACAUGGCAGAUCUGUUAUUCUUCGUGGCACUACUCUCGAGACAACUUCAACAAAUCUAUACAAACAGCGGAGACCUUUUGAAGUUCAUACUCGCCGUAUGGACUCGUUUUGAAAAAGGACAAUAGAGUUAGUCAGUUGGAUCGAGCAUUUGACCUGUUUAAGCUUGUGUUCAGAUAUCCUUGGACAAAGACACGACCUUUUCACAAUCUAGUAAAAAGAGGCUGACGUAGCUUGAAUCGUGUUACGUGUAUUUUCUUCCUCACUGAACAUACUUCCUUUUAUUUCAAUCUGAAGGUGUUUCGUAUAACUGUCUUAACUGUUUAACACCUCGUAUUUCUGCACAAUCCAUCACUUCAUCAUUGCACAUGCACUUCAAAUGUAAAAGGCUAAUUUAAUCCCCGACUCUUUGUUCUCUCAGGUUAUAGUUUAAUCACAGAGCAGAAGUGGGAGUACUGUACAUCUGCACCGUUCAUCUGCCAGGAAUUUGACCUGCUAAUGUAAUCGUGCCUACAGUUGGCUCUCUGUCUUCUUUUUUCUCCUGCAGACAGCUGUCAUCUGAGGAUCUGGCUCGAGUCCCUGCAAAUUCAACCAGUAACAUCUUGAACAGGUUACUGAUCAGCUAUGAUCCCAGAAUAAGACCCAACUUCAAAGGCGAGUCUCCUUCCCUCCUCAUCUGUCUCUGUCUAUUUUUAAUUUACAUUUUUGCUGCAGUGCUGUCAUGCUAAUUAAAGAAACGAGUAAACUGUGAACACGCACCUCCAGAUUUAUCCCACGAAGAAGGUGCAGGAGCAGGUAUCUGCAUAAAUAGUGUCAGAGACACUGAUGAAAAUGAAUCCCCUCUCAUGUGUGCCGGUACAUACAUAUGGACUCAACACGGUUACAGUAAGCAGAUGCUGUUGGGUUGACCGUUUUCCCUCAAAGACAGUCUAAUGUUGACUGACGCGCGGUUAUCUGAUAAAAACUAUAACUUAAAACAGUCUGAGAUCUUACCAACAACAUAUGUGAAGUUAAUGUUCCUUAAAACUGAUACUGAUCCCAUGCUUGGACUUGAAUGCUGGCCAGGAGUGAUUUCACCCAAAUACCAACAUGAUUCAACAUACGAAAGUAUUAUUUCUAUUUUUUUACCGAUGCAUGUGACUUCCUUUGUUACACAGUUGUGAGAUAUACCGUAUUUUUCAGGCGAUAAAGCGCAUCGGGUUAUACGGCGCACUGUGAAUUAAUGUGUCUAUGUUCACACAUAAGGUGCACCGGAUUAUAAGGCGCAUUAAUCAUUGGUGCAUUGAUUGGUUUGUUGUUGCUAGCGCAUACUCUGGGCCUGGGCUGCCUUACAUGUACUUCUAGUUCAGACAUUACAGUCAGGCAGUCUUGUAGACUGCUCAGGGGUCCUGAUCAGGAAGUGACACAGCGUACUGUAAUGCUCUGAAUAUCUGUUGAGCGGAGCGGCUUCUUUGCCUACCACAGUAGUACUUAUACAUUUCGACAGAUUAGGCACAAUAAGCAAUCAUCCAUAAAGUGUGCUGGAUUAUAAGGCACCCUGUCAAUUUUUGAGAAAAUGUAAGGAUUGAAAGUGCGGCUUAUAGUCCGAAAAAUACAGGAAUUGGUGCUUUGUGUGGUCUUGCAGAGUAAGAAGGGUGACAUAUAGACAACCUGGAGACCCUACAAAUAAAAACCUUAGAUCAGGGGUGGGCAAUCAUGUGCCAUGGAGUGCCGAGAGGCUGCAGGUCUUCUUUCCAACCCAAAACUCCACCUGGUGAUUUCACUGAUUAGUCCCUGCUCUCUGCUUGGAGGUAAGGCAGUGAAAUCACCUGGUGGAGUUUUGGGUUGGAAAGAAGACCUGCAGCCUCUCGGCCCUUCAUGGCACAUGAUUGCCCAACCCUGCCUUAGAUGCAGGUCUUUACUAGCAACUGCAACUACAGCCCCAGCUGAUGGCAAUCGAAUAUGCAAAAGCUAAAAACAACAUAUGGCUGACACCUCAGGCUGAUUAAUAAGAGUAUUAAUAACUUGUUCAACCAACGACAAACUCUGGUGCUGACCAGAGAGGGUUAUGGCGGCUCAUCUUUUAGCCAACACCCCCCCAGUUUCUACAAAUUUGCUGUCGAUCAGUGAUAAUCCAGUCUGCUAGCAGAAGCUAUAAGAUGUUAUUAUUGUGCGUGCUACCGUUCAUAACAGAAGAAAUAGGUCAAUGUUUUAAGGCUCUAAUACAUACUAGAAUCAGAUUGGAGCCCUUGCCAAUACUUCAUAGUGUAUUUUAGCUCUUUGAAAACUCGCCAAUUCCUUCCUGUUUUACUGUCCACCAACAGUCAAUCUUUACAGUGUGUAAAUGUCACAUUGUAAGGAGUUACCGGGCUCCAGUCUUGCAGAAACAGCCAUAAAAAUAACAAAGAGGAGUUUGCCAACCUCACAGUACGCCUGACUGAUGGUCUAACCGGUCUCAAGGUACACCCUCGGUUAGUUUCCAUCCUCGGGCACUUGGCAGCAGGAGCUGUAACCUGGGACUCCAUGUUUGAUGUGUUUCGAGCAGGAUCAACUCCCUCAUUGACAGCCUGUUACUUGUCUAGCGGCCAAGCAUCUGCUCUUGAUUUCGGGGUGGGCUGAAACCUCUCUGUCCAUUAACGUCCAUGUCAUAAUCGCCCAAAUUACAUCCUAAACUGUGCCUUGUGCAUUACUCUGCCCAGGCCUAUUAAACAGUGAGCAGCUUUUAUAGCCCAUAUAGAGAAUUUAAGAUAACACCGGGAGUGUUUCUUGAAUAUUUUUAUGCUUGUCUGAAUUAAUGCAUGGAAUAUGUGAUCCAUACGCAACCUUCGUAUUAUGCACAUUUACUUAGUGAAACGCUUGAUGGAGUUUAUCCUGUGAAACUCCUGAGCCCACGGUAAACACCUCAAAGAGAAUUAUUUAUUCAAAGCGGGCUGAGCUGCUGCAUUCAUCAAGGGUUUUAAAAGUUUAUGUAAAAGGCUGAGAGCGAGGAGAUUCACUUUAUAUGUUUACAGCGUUAGCUUAGCGGAGGAGACGAGAGGGGAUUUUUAUAACUUGGCUAAGUUGAUAAAGUGUUUCACAAAUCCUGGUCAGCAUCACAAUCAAUUUAAUCACCAGGUUGAGUGUGUAGAAAUUUAGAUGUACAGGUCUAUAGGAAGCAAACUGACGCUCAGUAUCACUACCCAGCUGCAGAUGAGCUGUAAAAACCAGACGACUCACACUACUAUCUCCUCUUUCCUCUUUCUAAACGCAGGAAUUCCUGUUGAAGACAGAGUGAACAUUUUCAUCAACAGUUUCGGCUCCAUCCAAGAAACAACCAUGGUAAGAAUUCACUCUAGUAUUGUGUCGUUCAUGAACGAUUUGUUCAAAAGAACAAAACUGCCGAGUGGACGACAUGAAUGGACUCACUCCUAGACAUGAUUCGUUCCUUUCUAAGUUCAGUUGAGCUCAGCCACGGGUAUGGCGAGCCAGUCAGGAGUAGGACUGCCACCUUUGACUCUUAAGUGAACGACACACAGCCAGCCAGCAAGUGAGCGGUUGGGCGGAGUCUUGUGAUUUGUUCACAGCAAAUGAACGACAUGUAUCAGUCAGAUUGUGAAUGAAACGAACCACUUCUGAACGACCCGAGGCAGGCAGUUCAUGUAGUUUAUGUCUGUAGGGUUGAGGCACUUAAAGCAAAACGCUAUUUUAUUGCUUCAAAAGUCCGAAGCACUGACUGAUUCAGUGAACGAAUCUUUUGAACGAAUCAUUUUAAUGAACAGAUUCUAAAAACUCAGUACAGUCAAAAGAACUGUUCUUCCCAUCACUAAUUCACUCCCAGUUCCACUUCUGCCUCCCAGUAUCGAUAAUCAAUACCUCUGCCAAUCAGAGUGAGAGGAUCAGAGCUGAAAACUGCUUUGUCAAAAAACUUUUUCGGGAAGAAAGCCAGAGCAUGCUUUGUAGACAGUAUCAGAGCAUUUAGCAGCGAAUCAUUAUGAAGACCGGCUUUUUCAUGCCUCAUUUAUCUGAUGGCUUAAUUGCUGAUAAAGAAGUGCAGCUUUGAAUACGAGAGAGCAGAUUAAACUCAAGGACAGAGCGGGGUCGGCUCUUGAUCACUGGGAAACAACAGAGACGACGUUCCUGAAGGUUUCUAACAAGCGCUGUCAAGCUGCGUGUUUUAAUUCAAAGCAGCCGCGAGGACACAACAAACAUCGUGUGUUUCCCUCGUUAAAUACUCUUAACUGUGUGACAAGAUAAUGAAAAUUAAUACGGAGCGACAGGAUCCGGCGUUUGACUCGACUCUGCCUCAUCAGCUCCUCUGUGCAGUUUUACAGGUGACCAUCUGGAGAGUUUUAAUCCAAUAGACCCAAAUACUCGCAGCGUGAUUAAAUCACAGCAACAGGACACGACUGUAACAUGUUUCCACAGAGUAAUUCAGUUUCUAUCUGAAGCCUGUUAGUGGCAGGAUUAAUCCCAUGAGGACGCACUGAUCCAACUUCCUAAGCCUGGUAUUGAUACCUGAGCUUUGGUUAUCCCUGAUCCAGAGCUCAGAGCACUCAUCAGACACCCGUGUUGAAUUAAUAACAAGUAUGGCAUCGGAAUACAGCCGACGAGCUGUAGCAACCCUAAUUUAGUCUAAAAAAAAAAAGGCUGCAGCUCUUGAUUUAAUUCUCUGAAUCACUGACUUGAGGCAAUCAUUCAAAAUUAAAUGAAGAGCUGAGAUGAAGUUAAAAUUUAGUUCAUUUUAAAGGAAUCAUCAAACUGUACGAGAUCACAACUUUAGCCAUGAUGAGCAAAACUUUGUUAAUGGGCGUCUAUGACAGAUGGAGAAGAUGACAGUUAGUGAAUAAUAGUUGAUGCUUAUUGCGUUUCCUCAAAAAAGGAAAGGAAGAAACAGCAAAUGAAGAGGUAACUCAUCUACUCUGUGGCAACCAUAGACUGUAUAUAAAACAGAUGCUGUCUGCCUCCUUGCUGGGUGAAGGCACCCCGAAAGCAGCACCCUCUGGUGACGGACUUCAGAAUAGGUCAUAAAUCUCGCCUCCUCCAGAAAUCCCUAUGAAGCUGUGGACAAACUUUAGAAUUUAAUUACACAGAAUACAAAUUUUUCUCCCUCUUGGUUGUGAUCUUGACAGGUAGUUUCUGUAAGACCGGUUUGUGUUCAAGUCCUCUUUUUUCUGUACAGCUCAGUUUUUUAAAGUUAUUGGGAGGUUCAUGUUUUCUAUGAUUGACACUUAAUACAGCCUAUGGGCGUACGAAGAUUGUGUAGCUCACCCGGGGGAUACGGUGUUUGAGCCAAGCGUCAUAUCGGCAACUCUCCCACCGAAUGCAUACAACACUACUGCGCAAUGUUAGUUUCAGGAAAUUGGGGGAAAAAAAACGGAAAUACCGAGAUCUUUUUGGCUUCAAAUCUGUACACUGGCAGAAGGCAGAACCAAAUUGUCCAUACACCGUCUACGGUGGCAACCCACAGCGCCUUUCCUCCUGAUAUUUCUUUCAAAACUCGUCCAUUUUUAUUGCUGGAAAACACUACCAGGCUUACAGGAACAAGAAGAACACUCCUUUAAACCUUUGCUCCCACAGUCCUGUGAAACAGAUCCGAACAGCGUCUUCAUCCAAAGCGGUGAUCAAUGUUCUCCAACUUUACUUCACAAGCAGUGACGCUCUGGACAAUUAAGCCUCAGAUCGUAUAUCCUGGCACCGAAACUGGAAAUAUAUUUUUGGCAGCAGAUGAGGGCGGCGAGGUUUGCUCGUGAGACGUUCCAGGAGAGAGUUUCACACCAGGACCAAUUUAGAGCAGUUAGGAUAGUACGCACUGAAAGUGGAAAAUUUACUACGGAAGGUAUAGAGCUGGAGCGAACAGAUGGUGCUUUAAAGGAAAACACAAAAGACGGGGAAGAAUAGAAGGGGACAGAAUCAGAGAAAAGGAAGGGGAAAGUGGGGUAGGUAGGAAAAGAAAGGAGAAAGGAGACCACAAACAAGGAUGAUGUAAGAAGCAGGGGUGAGAAGAUCAAGCAGACUGUUGGUAAAAACAAAAACGCCAACAAAGGAGACUUAAUAGGUAAGAGGACAGCAAAGAAAAAGUAAAGACAGAUUGUAUAAGAGGACUGGAAGAUAGAGAAAUCAGGAACAAGGAGACAAGAUUGAGAGACCGAAUCAGAGCCAAGAGGGAGACAGAAAAAGAGAGAUGAGGAGCUCCCAGAUGGUCGACUCUUAUCUUUCUCUAGACGCCCAACAAAAAGAAAAAGAGAGAAUAAAAAAGAAUGAACCUGGAGGAGACAGAGGAGACAGCUGGUCACCUCUGCCUCUCAAUUUAUCACUCUGCGGGGUAUCUGGUCUCAGGAAACCCUCUUUCUUCAUUUACACCUCCUCUAGCCGAUCACCACCCCGCGUCCGCUGUAGUUAACACGUUUAUUUCCACGUCAUGACUGUUUCCAUCAAGAGAGAGUGUUAAAAAUGUGAAAUAAACUGUGCCCUUAAACGAGUUUUUCCUCACUGAAAUGCAGCGAGCGCCUCCGUUAAAUCUCUCCGGGAUCGAAUGCAGAACAGGCAGUUUGAUCGUGAGCCAGAGGGAAGAUAUAUUUCCUUGUCUGGUUGUACGAAAGGCGAAGGUGUGGGAAUUGGCCUGUGUCUCUGUCAGACAGAAAAGAGCCGGCAGCAGCUAUUCACGCUGUCGCUUCAGGACUGCUUGAACACGCUGUAGUCCAAGAUUAGGUUCUGUGGACACGACACGACAGCCUGCUUUCCAAAAUAAGAUAUCAACAGUUUGACCACGGCUCUGCCUCCCAGAAAUGUACCUGGCAGGGAAAUAAAGCACAUUCUGGGAUCCUGUGUAAUUUAUAAACUCUCCUAAAACCUUUGUGUAUCGGAACAUUUCCUGCUGAUUUAUAACAUUACAAGCACUUUGUGCACCAACAUGUACCACACAGACUGCUUGGAUCAGUCCUACAUUUUCUACAUUUUUGCCAUGAAAGUGAUCUGUGUUUGAGUCUUGGAAGUAAACACUGUUUGAUUAAGUUGCAUUGCAAGAAUUAUGGGCCCAACAAGACCGGGUCUGACUUUGUAGAGGAAACAGUAAAUCAAACUUUGGUCGAGAUUCAAGUUUCCCGAGAGUCACAUUCAAAUGACUAAAACAGACCAGACGUGUGAUGAAUUUUGGUGAGUCGUGCUCUGGGAUUAUCCUGAAUUUUUUCAGCAGUGUUCAUAACAGAGGGACUCCCCUAUUUUGUUUAGAGUGUUCUUUGUUUUAGGAUCAAAUGCUACCAAUGUUAUUUUCAGUGGUACUGAGUUCACAUUUAAUAAUCAGGAUCAUUUAUUAGUUUGUGGGACAACUUCUUCACUGUUUAUUGUUUGUCUAGAAACCCAAAUCCAACUUGUGUCUCACUUAUUUCCAGGGCCAGACUGGUACAAAAACCUGCCCUUACAAUAUUUGCCCACAAUUUAAUCAAAUACGGCAUCAAAUAACAUCAAUCUUAAAUUUUAUGAGAAAUAUAACUAACUCAUCAGGAAGACCUGGGCUCAUAACUUUGUAUGCAAGAAUAUUUAAAGCUCCAAUGAGGAACUUCUGGUUUGUAUUCAUUUUGGCGCUCCCUUGUGGACAAAGCAGUCUUUGCGUAUAUUGUUCUCUGCAUGCUUGUGUUGUGUUUAUUUUAAACAUUGGUGUUUGGGUCGGAGUUAGCUAAGUGAUGAGGUGGAGCCGACUUCAUCUGCAGCACGGACAUCCUGGUUCUGAAGAAGUGGGCGGGGCUUGACAGCAUCCCCAGUGGGUAAUACAUUUACUAUUAACAAGUUACAGAAAAAUAAUGAACAGUAGCUUGAAGAAGGAUGUAAAAAAACUGUUUUAGUUACUUAAUUCACUCAAUUUAAGUAGAAUAAACACUAUGUUAGUAAAUCUGAUGUAGUGAAGAUAAAAUUUGUUAAACAUCUUCUCAUUUAUAAAGUUUAUUCCUGCCUGAGCUGAAAACAACAAACCCAUGAUCGCAUGCUGCUUAACAACAUUACCAACUAUCUAUUGGAUUGGCAUAGAUCUAAGAAAUGUUAAUGCAGAGUCAGACCAAGUGAACAUUUUUGGACAAUCCAUUUGAUUUGUUCCUAUUAAAAGAUAACUUCUAGAAGUUUUACACGCCUGAAAAUUUCCCUAUGGGGUCUAUUGGAUAUUUAAUCACCUGUAGAAAAUCAAGUCGGUGUGUCGAAUGAUUUAAUGUGUUUUUGUUUGGGUCUAGAGGCAAGGUCCUUGUGGCUGUCCUUGAAUAUUUGCAGGAAAAAGUACAAAAUGAGUCUAACUGUGUUUGAAUAAAUACAUAGACAUCUGUAACCAUUGGAAGAAUAAUAUAUUUCUUUAGGUAUCACAGAGCUGACAUGAUAAUAUCGGGUCUUUUCAUGAAGAACAGAUGCAGCAUGGAUCCAUAUUUAGGCCACUUGGCUGUCUCUCACUCUCAGAGCUGGCUGUUACACAAAGAACUUCCAGUAGGAAUAGCUUUUGCCAAGUAUAUGUACCACGUUGCCAUAGAUACGGUCCUAUAGAGCAGGCUCUCUGCGGCCUUAGGUCCCACCGGGGCUUCAAACAUAGUACACUUUUACACUGAAGGAUCACGGUACAGUUUGGCAUAAAUACACAGUAAGUCAUGGAUGCUGCACAUUUAUAUUGAUUUAUUUUGCACACUUGAAAUCAACCUCUAUUGCAGGAGUUUUACAUCAAAUCUACUCAGCCUCUCUACUUAAGUAUGUCGGCUCUUCAUGUUCACACCAGCGUCAUCACAGCCUCGGUGUGCAAGAAAAAUUGCACCAGUUUUAACAUGAAAAUACAGACAAAUGUUUGCCCCCAGCGCAGCCUCAAAAAUAGAAAAAGCAAAAUAAAGAGGAUUUAUCAUUAUGAAAAUUGUGAACAAUGAAGGGAUGGACGCUGGAAGUUAAUCUCUCACCCCGGAGCGCGCACACACCAACACUACACCCGCACAUACAGCUGGUAUUUUGGCGGCUUUAUUUGACAUGUCAUCCAUCUUCACACCCUGCAUUAAUAGUCCUUCCUCACACCUGGUCCCAGAACAGCUUGAGGCACGCCAUCAAAGCAGGGACAAAAAAAACAAACAGACCCUAAAGCCUCAUGGAGGGAUACUUUCCCACCAACGAGAAUGUGAAAAUUUUGCUAAUAAGCUCUCUAAUGAGGCCUUCGCUGCAUCACGUGCGGCUGUAGCGAUCACAUUUGACUCAUGGACCGCGCAGCCUGCUGUGUGUUGACGGCUCUGAAGAGAAAUGUGACGGGUCUUUCAGCUGCAGCUGUUAGAUGUCACCGGGUGUGUGGUUUGUGGAAGUUUCUGUUCGAAUGUUUGCUGGGAGAAAAUUCUGUUUGUCAACGAGUUAAAAAACUUCCUGUCAGUGAAAAUAGAGUCUGUUUAUAAAUCUAGAUCAGGUCCACUCUGAUCUCUGACACUUUGCAGCAUUAAGCUUAAGUUUCAGUGGAGAGAGAAAACUUCUUUUUAAUAGGCAGAAACCCCGAGCAGAACCAGACUCAUGUUAGACAGUCAUCUGCCACUAACGGAUUGGAUAAGGGAGCACAGACUUGACUGUGGUUGGUGACUUUAAUGGGACGUGAUAAUUCAAAGUUAGAAAGAGGAUAGAGAAGGAGAGAAAGGUGCCAUUUGCCCUGGCAGUCUAUAUCAAUAGUAGCAUAACUAAGAGCAGGUCCAGGCCCGAAGUUUUGAGCCUACUCUUAAAAGUAGAGAGGGUGUCCGCCUCCUAUUAAUAGUAUUCAAUAAAAACUCAGUCUUAUCUGCAUAACCAAACACUAGUGUGAGUAAAGGAGACAAAGAUUCUUUCAUCAUCCUACUCAGGCUUUUUGCAGCUAAAUGGUGUCAGAGUGUGAAUCUUUGCAAAUCUUAUGAUUCAAUCAAUUUUGGUCCCUAAAGCCACAUAAAUUGCAACUCUGUCUUUAAAAGUUUGUCCAAAGGCUGUUGAGGUUCACAGCAUAAAGAAAUGUGUCUCACCACAGGAUGCACAAGACCGCUGCAGCUCACCUGCAAAAAGGCCGCCAAUAUUAGCAGCAGUUUCUAAUGCAUCACAUGCAUUGUCAGCAGGGUCCACAUGGACCAGAAUAUGUGGACAUAGAGCAGCACUAUUUAAUGCCUUGUAACUUUGGUGGGCUGUGUACUCAGGGCCAUUCUAGCUGCUCCUUUUAUAAAUCUGCUGCUAGAAGAUGGAAAUCUCAGCAGAAAUAGAAAUAUCUUUUUGGGCACCUCUUUAAGUCACUGCACGGUGCCUUCUCUCUCCACAGACAGAAACGACCGAUUUAGAAAAUACAACCAAGCGACACAGAGAACAUCUGCAGCAACUGUAAUUAUCCUGUAUUAUAGAUAAGGAAACGAUCGGACCUGAAGUCCAUACAGAGACAGUUUUUGUUAGAGCGCCUUAAAAACCCACUCACGAAACAUUAAGCAGACAUUUUUCCUUUGUAUAUUUCUCACCCGACAGGAUUACAGAGUCAACAUCUUCCUGCGGCAGCGGUGGAACGACCCUCGGCUGAAGCUACCUCAAGACUUCAAGUCUGAUUCCCUCACUGUCGACCCAAAGAUGUUCAAGUGUCUGUGGAAGCCCGACCUGUUCUUCGCUAAUGAGAAGAGCGCCAACUUCCACGACGUCACACAAGAGAACAUCCUGCUCUUCAUUUUCCGCAAUGGAGACGUUCUCAUCAGUAUGAGGUAAAGAUUGGAGCCAAGGUCCUUCUACCAGCUCUUUGAAAUAACAUUUUAGUUUAAUCAAAAUACUUUAAAAUGUGCUUUGAAUGCUGUUUAUUUAAGCAAGGACAUUGUCAUAUCACUACGCAGUCGUCGGUUAUUCUCUAAAACCUCCCCACAGUUUCUUAGUUUUGCUUCUGUGAUAAAAGAAAAGCUUGUAAUGAUCUUAAUAAGCAUCUAAAAUAUUUCACUAUGUCCCUGAAAGUCAAUUUAAACUCACAAACAAGUCUCCCCUAACGAGAAUUUAUCAAUAUAGUUUCCUCCGAACAAAAACGCAUCUUCAGUCUCUACUUUUCUUAUAUGAACUCCAUUCAAACCAUGAAAUUUAAAUGACUUCAAUAGCUUUGAAUCAAAGCCAACAUUUCAUAUGUUAUAUCCAGGAUGUUAGCAGGUCUAUGCUCCAGUAUUUGACUUAUUAAAAAACUGAUGAUAGUUCCCGGAGAAACAACUGAAAUCCCAGCUUGGUAGAUGGAAGUUGGUUGGUGACAUCUGUGUUUGUAUAGCUACAGAUAAAUCCUCACACUCCCAGGAUCCUUUUCUUGUAAAGAAAAGUGGGAGGAGGUUUCAGAUGCAGUGUAAAUCGUACAAAUCUGUGUAGGUAUCAGUGUCUAAAUAAAGUUUUCGGGAAAAAAUUCGGAAGAGUACGGCAUCAGCAGACUCAAAGUUCCUGCUGGAAGACUAGAAAUCUAACCCACAUGAAAAGACAAUAGAACAUGACAGCCAAAGUGUGGGACUGCUUACACAGCAGGAGGGGUGUUCUCAAAUAAAGGUGCUGUACGUCUUUAUCUGUGAUUUAAGUGAGCCACUCUGGGUCUCUCCAGCUGAGCGUCCAGGUCAAUAAACAGGCUGAAUGAAUGAAGUCCCAGGUGAAACAAAAUAGCUAUUGAAUGGCAUUAUCAGCAGAGCAAAGCUUUCCCAAUUCAGCUUUAAAUACCUGUUUAAACAAGACUAAACACACACAUUAUACAGUUUAAGCUCUGGGCGCACAGAACUAUUUACCCGGAGCUCCCGAUGAGAACAUUUUAAACUGAUCAUCUGCGUUAAUUCCCUGCAGAUCUUCGACUCCUUCAGCAUCUUAAACCAUUACAGAAGCCUUUUUUAAAGACUUUGUGGGUUUUUUUCUCCUUUAACUUUCCUCUCCAGGUCAAAAGCUGUAAAACCAAAGUCUGUGGAGUGAUUUUUAAAGUUCAUGAGACUGUUAACACAUUCAUAACAAUCUUCCAGGGGGACUCAAUGUUAACGUGUUGAAGCAACAGCUUUGCUCUGCUUUGUUAGGUCUCCAUCAUCCUCCCGAGACAAUCUUUUUGAUUUUCCAGUAAACAUGACUGUAACAUAUUUUGUUUCUCUCACACAAAUACAGCUCUUGUAGACAGAGACAUUCAGGUAAACACUAAAAUCCUAUGAGAUCUCAAGACAUACAAGUUUCAUCCAAACAAAGUGGAUGUGUCAGAUCAAGGAGGAUGUAGGAGGAUAGACAAAGCAAAGCAUAACAAAAAACUGUAAAUAUUUUCUUUGUUUUUUUCCAGGUUGUCUGUCACGCUGUCUUGUCCGCUGGAUCUGACGUUGUUCCCCAUGGACACUCAGAGGUGUAAAAUGCAACUUGAAAGCUGUGAGUUUUCCUGACAUAACACCACCUUAAACACCCUCAUCAGCUCAACUUCAUUUAUAUUCAAGUAUUUUUCUCUCCUGCAGCAGAUCUGUAAAUAACUCAACAUGUGUUCACCUAUAAAGAAGCUUCUAUACCGGUCUAUAGCUGUCUUCAGAUUUGCACCACGGAAAACUUCCGGAGCCCUGCCCCUGAAAUUUACUUCCCUAGCCUGUUCACACACGUCCCCUCACAUGUCCCCUUUACAAAGUUAAACAAGAUUAAAACUACCAGUCCUUUAUUGUUACCAAGCAGCAAAACUAGACAGAUCGCCAGCUGCAUGGUAUUACCAUCAUCACUCCUCUUCCUCAUACUCAAAGGGUGAUUUCCUCCAAGUCAAGGUGAAAAGUUUGGCUGUUUUGUUCACACAUAGUGAUUUUUUUCUGAACUUUAUGCAAGUGUGAAAACACUAUAUGUUAGAUAUUACAACCAACCAGUAAAAUCCUGCAAAAAUCUUUGUGAAAAGUUUCAAUAUUUGUUACUCAGAUAGUAAACCGCACACUUUGAGUCAUUUUGCUUGUGAUUUGAUUAAGAUAAUAGGGGAUUCAUGUGUUGACAAAGCUUUCUUUAAGGUUUAUGUUAACAAGCCAGAACUAAGAGUCCAGAAAAACAUCAGCAGCAAAGCAUGCUGAGAGCAGGAUCAUGUGUGUGUAAGUAAAACAGAGGGACAGAUUGAGCCUACGGUAUUAACAAGUAACAAUGAAAUUAAGAUUGUAUGACAUGACUAAAAUGUGAGCUGGUGACUCGUAGGUCUGUAUCAUUCUAAGGUAAAUCUAGAGUUAUAAGUCUGAGUCACACAGAGAAAAUAAUGAAAACACCUCACUGCAAGUAAAAUUCCUGUGUCCAACUGAGUUUUGUGAUUAAUAUGAAACCAGAGUUCUUAUAAAAGUAAAACAUUGACGCUGUUUAACCAAAUAUUUGGAGCAGCAAGUUUUUCAUUACAGUCCAGCCCUGGCAAUAGGCGAGACACAGAAUAUAUAUGUUUAAUUUUAUAAAUAAGAAACAGUAAAAAAAUGUCCCUUAAAUGUAUAGAUAAUCUUAUAGAGUACUGUUAGAGCAGCCCUGUUUUCUUGCUCUGAUCCCCUCUGUGUCUAACUUGAAUAAUGUACACCUGAUUCAACAAGCAGAUAUUUACAGUGUGUAAAAAAGCACUGCUAAUGUCAAACUGCAGGCCAGUUCUGAUUAGUAUAUCUUCUAGACCAGGUUAAAAAGCGUGUAGUGUUAUAUUGUUUGGUUUAGCUAAACAAACACACAGUUGGACACAUCAGUUGCAGUCGUUUCUUUACUUUGUCUCCUGUUCCCUUGGGUGUCACACCGGCGCUCUGGCUCCCUCCCAGCUGCAGUCAUUGAAAAACACCAACAUGCCUCUCCAGCCUCUUUGUUUGUCAUAUUUGCCUGAGGACCUUGUUUCCGCCUUUCAUAAUAAAAACGUGUAAACGACACCUUUACACAGCGUGAAAUAUUAUUCCUGACUCCAAAGGGAUGAAUAAUAUGAUUUCAUUUGGACUUUUAACCCGUCUGCUUGUUAUUAUUGAGGAGAUACAGUAUUAAUGAGCUGGGAAUAAAUUUGUUGGUUUUUUUAAUAAUUUUGUUGUUUUGGGGUAAGCGGAAGCUUUUUGCCGGUGUUUAGAGGCCAAUUUCAGUGGCGGGCACUCAGAGAAGUUGAAUAAAUCAUCAUAUUUUAAGGUUGUUGUGAAGUCUCACAGCUAAUUGAGCUGGACUGUGGGUUUCUGCAUCUUGUUUACAAAGCAGUUUAGACCUAAAUAAGCUAGAUAACUUCAAGCUAUUACCGCUAAUGCAAAAGCCGCCUGCUAAGACUUAAGGCUCGCUGCUCGUCCGUGUGCAUUUAUAUGACGUUCAUGAGCAUGAUUAACAUGCCAGCAGAUAUUGUGAGCAUCUUUGCAUGUUUACGCACUAAUUUGGUUUAAACUUGAUAUUUGUGUGAAAGUGUGUUCACUUUCUGUGCGUAUUUGUGACUCUGUGUUCCAGUUGGCUACACCACAGAUGACCUGCAGUUUAUGUGGCAGACGGGAGACCCGGUGCAAAUGGACGCCAUCGCUCUGCCACAGUUUGACAUCAGACAAGAGGAUAUCGAUUACGGAAACUGCACCAAAUUCUAUGAGGGAACAGGUACCGACCUUUUCACAGACUCAUGUACUUAAUGUACUUCAAAAAAAUCUGUCAAAUUGUGUAAGAACGACUUUGGUAAGCAACGAAGCCGCUCCGUUCAGUGGAUAUUGGGGGCAUUACGGUACGCUGUGUCACUACCUGAUUGGCCCCGUAACAGGACCCCUGAGCAGUCUACAAGACUGCCUGACUGUAAUGUCUAAAUUAGAAGUGCAUUCAUUCAAGGCAGUCUGGGCCUGCCUGAAAAAUACGGUAUAUAAAGUUAGCUACAGAGGGUGCAAGGAUUCGUAGGUGUGAUUAUUUACCAAUCAUUUUUACGGACAAUAAGAAGUCAGUGAAGUCAUUUCCUGAGGGUUGAGACAUCUUGCAUCCUUACUAUCUCUGCUGAAAGUAGCUCAUGCAUUAGACAACAACCAGGAAGCAGCAAAUAAACAAAACAUAGCUACAUGGUAUUGUACAUUUUGUGUACAGGAGCUUAUAUAAGAAAGAUGAAAGAUACACAAUACUCGACCCUGCGUUGAUCAAAGAAUUUAGACGCCUGUAUGUCGUAAAUCUCUUCUUUUACCAUCACCUCAACUAUUCAGCUCAGCAGCCCUCGGUCAGAGCUACACUCUUUGAGUUGUACAAUCACAGUCCUUGAUGAAAUGAUUUAUUUAUAACACUGCAUCAUUGUUCCUCCCUCUCCUCUCCUCCACCACCAAACAGUGGAGCAAACUCUUCCCACGUUACUAUGGUAACCACAUAUUAAAUUUUAAUCAGUUCUCUUACAUGAAUCUGGAUUUUAAAGGCAUGUUGAGAGUUUGAGAGUAGAGUUUAGUUUAUACCAUGUAACCCAGGACUAGUGGACUAUCAAAUAUCAGUUCAUGGAAGCCCUUGUCAGGUGUUUAACUUUGUUUAUGUUACAUAACUUGGUUUCACUGAUAAAGGUCUGUAUUUAACUUAAACUUUAAACAUUUUUCUUAACAUGUUUGAUGGCUUUGCUCUUUUUGUACAUCUUGAAUUUAGCAUUGACAGCUGGGGGUUUUAACAUGCAGUAUUUGGAGGUAACUUUGCAGAUUUAUUUCAGAUCAGAUUGAUUUCAUUUUGGCCGUUUCCAUUAUGAACUGUGUCUCUUAAUCAGACUUCAGUUCUUUCCAUUUUUCAGCUCUCCUUCCGCUCAUUAUUUAUUCUUUCUGAGAUGUGAAUAUUUUGUUCUGGAUGGGCUUAAAAGCUUUAAGAAACAAUUUCAGACUCUAAAAGAGUGUUCAUACGCCUGGUACUCACUUUGAUUAUUCAAAACUCGGCCAAGAAGUUUCUGUGUUCACUUCAGCGGGAAGUCGUGACAUUUCCAAAUCUUGUCCAACAAAAAGCCUUUGAGCACAAUAACAACUAAUCUUGUCUUGAUCUGGGAUUUGCUUCACAUCAGCUGCCAGAUGGACUUUCUUGAAGAAAUGUGGAGUGCUGUUAUCUAUCCUGGGGUUUUUGUGUUUUAGGCUCUGGUAUGGACGUCAGCGGAGGAUGAUUGGUCGUUUUGUGAGGGUGAGAUUAUUCGGGUUAAGGUGAUUGAAAGAUGGGAUCUGUCAGUCUGAAACUAGGCAGCUUCAAUUCCAUGUUUUUAUCUGAGCAGAGGUAGACAUCUUUUUUUAUAACACCUCAAUCAUACUUGUUUUGUUCAAGGAAAUCAAGUCUUAACACCUCAAUAACCUGUGAUGCACUGUGGGUUAUCGUCCUGAAAGAUCUGCCAACCAGCACAUAACAAUAAACAAAAUAACAGUUAAACCUCCAAUCAGUAAAAUCAACUGAGAUUUCAGGCUGUUUUCAGGGUCAAGUAGGGACAAGCAAACAUAAGUAUUUCUGGGGUAAGAUAAGGCCACAGCUAAAUGAAAUAAACAUGUUCAAACGAGAAACAACACAUGAAUAAAACCAGCCUAAUUUUUUAAUCUCUGCAUAAUUUGAGAUCUUAAAGCUGCCCUGUGGUGAUUUUUAGGAAACAAAUACGAGCUGGUAUUACAUGAAGUUACUCACAAAAAAUGCUUUGUGUAUCCUUGAGGUCCAACAAAGCUGAGUGUGUUGCUAACAUUUAGGAAGUGGAAUUAAGCUUUGCCUACACUGAUGCCCAGGAACUCGAUUGUCUUCUGCUUCUGCUGGCACAACACCGCCGCUGUGAUGGCCAUGAAAAUCUAAUUUGUGCGGCAUACUUUAAAAACAUUUGAAGUUUGAGCCGUAGUUCCUACUAAGUGGUUAAGGUGACCCCGAUGCACUCGGACUAUUGACUAAGAUGAAUUCAGGCCUUUUCUCUUGUAUCUCUCUCUGAAUAUUAUAAUAUUUAAAAUCAAAACAAACUUCAAAUAAGGUCAAUGUUCUGUGGCAUUUACAUAUUUGGACUAAAAUGACGCUGAAAUUAAGAUGGAAUGGAAAAUCUAUCAGCCAGCAGAGCGGGUAUGACCUCAGUGCUCUCACACUUUGGAGCCUCUGCACUGGCAGUGAGUCAGCCUUUUAUUGGGUUGUCAUAGCAACCUCGCCAGACACAAAGAUCACCUCUGUGUACGACUGGUCGGAGCCUGCUCUGCCACACAGGCGAACCCUUAUACGAAGCAUAAAGCUCGCCACAGAGAUCCCAGGGCUAGUUAAAUAUUACUUCAGCCCAUCCACUCUACCAUCCCAUCGGAGCCGCCGCCGACCGGACUCAAAGAGCAGAAAUACAUCACCGCUGCAGGAGGUCUGAAGUGUAUCAAUGCUUAUUCCAUAUUGGUCCAAGGCCAACGGAUGGGGAUUUAACUCCAGCUGAGUGGGAUUGAUCUGGAUUGAUCAUUUAUCAGUCUGCGGGAGCUAAAGCAAAAACCCCACCGAAAAGACACGCUAUCAAUUUGAACCAGAGCUUUUUGGAGUGCCGGUCUAGUUUUAACAGAGUUAGCUGCAAUGCAUCUAAGUCCUCCUGCCCAUUGACCUUUCUCUCCCCUUUCUUUCUUUUUUUACUAAUGGUGUGCACAGUUCUGGGCUGAGACAAAAGGAGGCAGAUCAGAUACUGGACUUUACCUGACUCCUACAUUUCCUUUUUAUUGCUAAAAUGGGUUUAAUAGACCAAGUCAGCACAGGGCCAUUUCUCUCACCUGCUCUGUUUCAAUUCAGAGGCUCCAGCUCCCGGAGUCCACAUAUCUAAGCUGAGUAAAGUACAAAUGUGACGAUAUAUUUUAGUUUAGAAAAGGGGCUGAGGUUGGUUAAAUGUCAGUUUGUUCAGAACCUUUUUGGAAACUGCUGAGUCUGGGGGGAAAAAAAUCUAAUUUAUUCCAAUAACUUCAAAGAGUGAGACACUGUGAACUCGCAGUUAAGAAUCAGUCCAGGUGUCUGAAUCCUGCUCCUCUGCUGACACAUGCUCAGUUUUAAGUUCACCUCUUUGGUCUUAGCUGUUAUCAUGUGAUCUCACCAGCAUUGACUCUGUUCUUUGUGCUGUAAUUCGGAUAAUAAGCCAUGUUUGACAGCUCUACCAUUUGGUGGAGACACUAUUGCGCACGUGUGACUCUAGGCAGAGAUCAUAAUGAAGUAAGAUGCCUCACUCCACUCCUCUGGCAAAAAAAGUCGACAAUGGUAAUCAUUGUUGACUUUUUUAUAUUCUCGAUUUUUGUCCACAAUGUCAACUAAUCGUUGCAGCCUUAAUUUUCAUUUUCAGUGAAACUCACCCUAGUUGGCUCUUUCUUUCAAAGUCUCAGUUUCUAGAUUGGGAGAAAAAAAAGGGUGUAUAAGACACACCUAAUACUUUUUUGUGUUGCUUGAAAAGUGAGCUGCAACCAAUAUACCAGAAAAAGGUAUUUUGAUGCAAUACAGUAUUUCACCCUGAAGAUGGCGCUCAAAGCAACAAGUGACUGCUUAACUACCAAAGCAAGAUGGAUACACAGCGAGGAAGAUGAAUCUUGCACCGCUUCUUCUCUUUAGGUUGUGAUCAUACAUUAAAAAGAAUAAUGAUAUACUUUUCCUCAGUUAAAAAAAACAAAAAAAAAAGACGAUAUAAGACAAGUGACCAGCAGAGGAGUGUUUCCACUCAUAGCUCACAACUAGCAGGAUUGUAAAAACAUGACUUUCUUCUUGCAGGGUACUACACUUGUGUGGAGGUCAUCUUCACCCUGAGGCGACAGGUGGGCUUCUACAUGAUGGGUGUUUACGCCCCCACGCUGCUCAUCGUAGUCCUCUCCUGGCUGUCCUUCUGGAUCAACCCUGAUGCCAGUGCUGCCCGCGUCCCUUUGGGUAAGGAUUAGUUAAUCCAUUUCACCAAUACUCAACAUCUGUGAGUAUUCCUCACGGUGUUAAACAGGGCAGACUGUGUAAGUGGUUGGUAAAAUCAAAACAGAGGCAUGUGCAGGAGUGCUGGUGUUACCGGGGUAAUUAGGUGUGAAAAGUCCUGCUGCAAAAAGCCGUGAGGGGAAAGAUUGUGGUCCAUAAAAUAAAAACCAUAGUAGGAUUUAUAUGUUUUAAGGAUCAGUGACACUGUGGCCCUAAUCAUCUCCAACAUGACAUCAUCAAUCACUCUGACAGCCUUAAGGACUUUAUCUAUCAAGCAUGGUGGCAUGUCAACUGUUGUCCUGUGUGUGAUAAAUCACUGACUCCAGCUGUAAUUGACGGAUGGGACCCUCCUCCCUGGUACAUGCUUAGAGAAUUUUGAUAUUUAUGUAUUUUGUCUGUAAGUUAAAAAAGCAAAAGUAACGUGAACUUAGAAGGAAAUACACUGAAUUUUUAAUCUCAAUGAGGCUUUACUAGUUUAAUAAAACAAAAUAAACAAAAGUCGUUAUCGCUGUUGCAAAGGGUCACAAAGUAGUGACGCACUGAGUCAAAAUCUAUUUAGAGCACACUAUUUUUUCAAUUAAGAUGUAAUUAGUUGAGCUGCUUAAUAGCUUUUUCAAAUCAUCAGCAGCAGCAGUAGAUACCUGCGCUCAGGAGACCAAUUGGAAAAUAGAAAUAACGUUUGCAGACGUAGAGGACAAUCUCAUCAGUGUCGCCUCCAGUCACUCAAUACAAAACAUACGAACAGAUUACGCAAUAGGAACCGAUGGAGGUUUGUUUUCUACUCUUUUCAUUUAACUUUAGCUCAUUAUUAUAUUUUUUAUAAACACAUGCAUCCUGCUAUUCAUGUUUAAUUAAAUUACCUUAUCUUUAAAUGAUAACGUGAUUUUUUCCAUACUAAAUAACAGCAUAUCAAAUCUGUAACCAGUCAUGCUCUGGUAUAAUUCCCUGGUCCAUAAAUUACCAUUAAAAUCGGUCUAAAACACGAUACUGGCCAACCUAAGCAUGUAAAUUAGAUUGUAAUAAGCAUGAAGUAAUGGAGUUAUAUAUCAGCUGUUUCUCGUUUAUCAUUAAAUUACAUAUCCGCCAUCAGCCAACCUGCUCUCAAAGUAGCUGCAUCUGUCUUUGCAAAAACAAUAUUAAUUAACUAUUAGUGAAUUGUAUCACAUAGACUACGUCAGGGCCACAUUAUGAUGCUGUAUCAGCCUGAUAUCUGGAUGUGAUUCCUACUGCGGUUGCUGAUUUCCAAACUUUGACACCAUUUUGUGUCCUGAAGUUAAAGUUAUGCAGCUACCAGGCUUGGCUAAUUAAGGGUCUUUCUGGUAAAUCCUUAUGCAAAUCACUGCGGGUUUGAAGGAUUUUUCAGCAGACACAGAGGACCAAUUGACACUCAGGUGGCCAACGAAGCAUACCUGAUCCCGAUUAACCCAAUUAAUGAAGAGGUACGCUGGGGCGCAUGAAGAGCAGGGCUGUUUUUCUCAAGCCGGAGAAGAGCACAAUGUGCCAAGCAUGAAGUAGCCCCAGAUGGAUUACCUAAACAACCUGCAGAGACUGCUACAAUGGGCUGGUACUUCAUGUUGUAUUUUGGUUGGACACAAACAAGAUCUCCAGUGUUCCCUUUGUUUGCAGUUGUCACCUCACCAUGCAUGAUGGGAAAAGUUCAGCUCCCUUAAGACUUGAUUCCCAUUUGGGAAAAUGUCCGUGCCAUCUUCUCAUGUUCCUCCCACAUAAUUAAACCUGCAUGUGAUGUGUCACUGUCAUCCACAUACAGUGUUACACGGUCACCACUGUGUGUGUGCAGAGCUGCAUGGCUGAGAUAAUCCAUUUUUAUCCCGAUCCAGUCCUCCACCACCUCCUUUUCUCCAUCCUCCCUCCAGUUGUUUAUCACCACUUCCAUCCCAUCAUCACUCCAACUCCUCCUGGAAGCUUCCUCUGACUCCUCUCUAAAUGGGAUCAGUCCAGGUCAGUCAACACCCAGGUGUGGGACUACUCUCAUUUAUUGCUCUGUGCUGUUGUGUGUGUGUGUCUGAGUGUGUGUGUGUUUCUGCCUCCUUGUGUUUAAUGAAAAUCUUCCAUUUCCGUGUACUUCGUGUUUUCUUUCCAGAGAAGAAAAAAAAAAAUCACAUGUAACCCCUAAAACAGGUUUACCACUGCAUGACAGAAACAGUCUUGAAUCAAAGACCAGCUUCACUUUGUACUCAGAGUGUCAUCGGGGAACAAGACAAACAAAGCUGUUUCAGAAUCACCAGCUCUUCCUCUCCUGGUGGAUAACAGGUGGGAUUCAAAGAUGACAAUGCUCACAUUAACACUCCCUCCUAGUGAGGGGGAGUAGUCUGACUCAAAAACCCUGAACCCUGUACGAACUCCCCCUCGAUGAGUGACUGUAAUGAGGCCAGGAGGCAAAGAACCCAUCGGUCAUCUCAUUGUAUUUAUUAUCUCUCUAAAGAAUCAUUACACUAGGUGAAGGGAGUGAAGCCCUUCAUUUGUAGCUAUAAAACCCUCAGAGGAGCCAUUUAGGUCUUGCUGAUAAAGCCUGGCAGAGGUGCUGCUGCGCAGGUGCAGGGGAAGACUCUAACCUGCAAUCCUGUGAGCGAUCAGAGAUAAAACAAUUUGAAAUUACGUUCAUUAGAGGCUGUCUGAGCUCUCGGAGAUGAUCCCGAUAAAAGAGGUAAAGAAAGGGUCACGAAAUCGUAGCCGCAGACAUGUCCUCCAUUUUUCAUACUCAGCUGUAGUGAACAGGGAAAGACGAAAUCAGUCAUCAUCUUGAGCUUUGAAGAGGAAACGCAUUUGUCUUUUCCUCAAAGCAGGAAAUGGAUUAUUGGAUUCUGCUCUGUUGAAACUCACAGUCAGACGUCACAGGCAGGACUGUCUCUUUUUAGUGGUGUGUGAUGAAAGCUGCGGUUACAUCAUCAUGAUCAUCCAGAGCUGAGCGUUGAUACCCAAAUCUCUUGGCGAGGACCAAAACGCACCCAAAACACCAAAGACCAAAAUGAGACAAGAAUACGGAAUUGACCUUGAAUCCAAAAAUUAACCUGUUAGUCAUAUUUUUCUGUUUUUAUUAACACUUAAUUCAUUACUCUGUACAAAUGGACUGGAUGUAAAAUGGAUAACAUGACUUCAUUUUUGCUUAUCAUGAGAGGUGAAGCCAAACAACUGCAGAAUAGAUGUCACACCCUCUCCACAAACCAAGAUACACAUUUAAGUAAAUGUUAAGACAUCCAUGAUCCUUCAGAUUGCUGGGGGCGGGGCUUAUGACUUAUACUGCAGCCAGUCAGCAGGGGGAGUUCUGAAUCUUUUGGCUAUACAGUUGGCAAACUCAGAUGUUCUCCAAUUAAAAUAUACAAUCAGUUUUUUUGUUGUUAAGGUGAAGCAGUGUGCGGACAGUUCCCCCCACAGUCCUACGACAUGCUUGUUGGACUAAUUGGUCACUCUAAAUUGCCCCUAGGUGAGAGUGUGAUGUUUCUGGUUGUCUUCUGCUGCAAACAACCCAUCGUCCCCUUACCUAGUGACAUCUGGGGGAGGCUCCUACCCCUCCCCCAAGACCCCAAAUGGUAAAAGUGGUUGACAAGAUGGAUUUCAUCUGGUCGAUCGCUUGUUGCACGGUUUCAAAAGGUUUGUUUGGUAUGAGAAGUACUAGUAGUCUAUUCAAAUCUUCUCCCUUUUUGACUAAUCAUGUCACCUGUCUUCCUUCUCCGUAAAGGCAUCCUCUCUGUCCUCUCGCUGUCCUCUGAGUGUACCUCCCUGGCCUCCGAGUUGCCCAAGGUGUCCUACGUCAAGGCCAUCGACAUCUGGCUCAUCGCUUGCCUGCUGUUCGGUUUCGCCUCGCUGGUAGAGUACGCCGUGGUUCAAGUGAUGCUCAACAGCCCGAAGCGCAUCGAGGCUGAAAAGGCCAAGAUGGCAACUAAGGAGAAAGCUGCAGGGAAGAUUCCUGCUGCCAGGAACAACACGGUCAACGGGACAGGAGGGACGCCGCUUCAUGUCAGCACCCUACACGUCAGUAGAUCUGCUUUGUAUCCAUCGUUGCCGCUUUUUAGACCACAUUAAUGAGCGUUUCUCCAUCUCCCUACUUAAAAUACAUCGAAACCAAACAAAUAAUGAAAGCUUGGAAAUCGACUCAAAACCAAAAAGGAAAGGUCAAAGACUAGGAGGUCCAAAUCUGAUUGGCGAUGGUCCAUCUUAAAAGGUCUGUCAGGGUGUCUUUGGGUAUUGGUGCCUUAGAUAAUUACCACCAUAAAUUAAUGACACAACUUUGUAGCAGUGAGGCAGAGAAACCUCAUAUAAAUUCAAAAACACUCACAUUCAAUCAUUAAAAUUUGCCCUCACUAAUGCCACACAUGCAAAGACCAUUUCUGACACUCACAUGCACAUCAGAGCUGCGGUAUGUUGCGCAGCUCCUACCACUUGCAGACCUAAUUGAAAUGAAUUUAUCUCCAGCUCCAUGUUAGUCCGAACUACAUUUGAUUUUUAGAGGAUUACAUUAUUCCGUUGAGGUUUAAUGGGUUUUCUUGUCAAAACCGAAUCAAAAUAAUGAAGCCUUAAUGAGCUUAAUGACUUCAGUGAGUAAGCAGCCAAAGUCUGAUUAGAUCCUGUUCACCCUGCAGGCCUUCAGGGACAUGGAUGAAAGGGAUUUUUUUGGAUGACACUAAACUACAUUCUUCUGUUGAUAGAUCUAAUGAGCACCGGUUGUCCGUUGGGAUAUCACGCAGAGUGUGCAAAACGGCCGCAAGAUCCCAGCAUAAGAGAACAACCAAAUUAGGCGGCACUGUAAAACACAAAGUGCGUCUAAUUUUGGCUCCGAAGAUCAGACUUUAAAAAAUAUAUUCUUCCAGGCCAAGCUUCAGGAUCAAACAGAUCCUUUACUAGGUUUUUAAAGUGGAGUCCGUUUUUUUGGUCCAACAGUCUUGAACAAACUCAUUUGAGUGUUUCUCACAGUCAGGAUGAAAAGACUUCUGCUGUUUACACUCACACACAUUUUUUUAUCCAUCAGGUAGAGAUCACACCAAGCAGGAAAUUCAGUGGUUUUCACAGAGUGAGACAUUUCUAUCAGUUUGUGCUAAACAAUCCUUAAAGAGAGGAUAUUCAAUGAUAGUUAAAUGUCGCAAAAAGUACAGCCCUAAUUCCCAAAAGGAAAAACAGAUUUACAUAGUUUGCAAAUCAUCCAGGUUGUGUGUUAAAUGUUGAAAGUGAAGAAAUUUGACCUUUUUUGAAAAAGUUAGAAUGGAGACAAGACAAUACUAAAAUAUUUUACAAUGGUUAAAAAACCCACACUAUCGGAAGGAUCUGUCCAAGUAAUUAGGAUAGUUUGCAAUGGGUGAAUAACAUAACAAGGUAUAAAAAGAGUAUCCAGUUAAGCUGGGUCUCUCAGACAUGGAGAUCAAAUAGUUCACCAACUUCUGAAUAACAUUCCUCAGGGUGAAGUUUCAGAAAGUUUUGGAGAUCAUUAUCUGAGGGAGAUAACACAGGUACAAAACUCAGAAUCUGGAGAUAUCUGUGCCCAAAAAGGACAGGGUUAUACCGAUAAGAUGUUAUCUCUGCACCCUCAGGCAACACCGCAUUAGAAACAGACACGACUCUGUAGUGGAGAUCACUGCAUGAGCUCAAAAUCACUCCCAAAAACCUGCAAAAACAGGUUGUCGGUGUAUUUUAUUUACAUAUUUCAGCAAGACAAAGAUAAGCAACUAUGUUCUUGUGUUACAACAGCAUGGCUCUGUAGUAGAAGAGUCCAGCUGCUAAACUGGGUUCAGUGAUCUUUAGAGGCUGUUUGAUUCAACCAAUAUGAACUUCUACUGUGCAUCUCUCCAUUCACUACAUACAGAGUAAUAAAUACAAAGAGCUUUAUAAAGAUCGAAGGGAUGAAAACAAGAGGACUGAAUACUGACCAUGCAGGAUGGUGUUGUCUCAGUCGUUCAAAGAUCUUCGCUGAUGUAGUUUUUUAAUUUAAUUUGUGUUAUUUGUCGAAAAUUAGACUGAAUUGAUCAAAAGUCGCUCUAAUACAGCCAUGGUGCUCAAUGAAGGCUAUCUGGUUCAAUAUGUGAUUGUUUAUGCAAGGAUGACUAAUGGGAACCAUGAUGAGCUCAGACCCUUGAAGAAGGAAUCUGACACAGAUCAGGUGCCAAUAAAACAAAGGCUUUAUGUCUGUAAGGUUUUGAAGCAAAGGCUGGUAACAGGCUGUAAAUCAAUGAAACAGACAAAACUAAACAAUGAGCAGGAACGUCCCAUAAAUAAAGCAAACCAGAGAAGAAAAGUUACAGAGCGAAUCCGAAUUUUAUUCAAUCAAUAUGUGAAUUAAAUGAUCCCUGAUCGUACUGCUUGUCAGACUGCACGGCUCCCUGCACAGUAAUCCCAGUCUGCUGCUCAUCAGAUGAGUUUUUAACCACUUUAGUGAAGCUACACAACCUCAGGGGCUGCCAGCAGCGCCUUCAGACUUUUAGUCUAAUCUUAUCUCGCCUUAUGGAUUUCAGAUGGAUGAAUUCCCUGCUGCAGACUGUAUUAAUCUUUCUUGUUUACCCUCAUGCUGCUCGCUUUCUCCCAGGUGGCGGAGACUCGCUGCAAGAAGGUGUGCACCUCAAAAUCAGACCUACGAACCAACGACUUCAGCAUCGUGGGCUCGCUCCCCCGGGACUUUGAGCUGUCGAACUUUGACUGCUACGGGAAGCCGAUCGAUACCGGUGCCGGUCCCGGAAAAUCACAGUCCAAGAACAACAAGAAAGUUCCCCCUCCAAAACCAGUCAUCCCCUCUGCUGCCAAAAAAGUCGACCUGUACGCCCGAGCUCUUUUCCCCUUCUCUUUCCUCUUCUUUAACGUGAUCUACUGGUCCAUAUAUUUGUGA